CAGGCAGCCGUCCUCACACGCUCCAUGAGGCUGCUGGAGCUGCCCGCGCGGCGCCGACUCGGGGUGCGCGCUUUGCGCUGAGUCAGCGGCGAAGGUGGCGGCAGCGUUAGCCGGCCCUCUCGCCCCUUCCCUUCCUAGGGCGCCGACCCCGCCCGCUUGCUUACUAGCCUGCCUGCUCCGCGCCACGCAAGAGCCUUAAGGCGCCCAGGGACGCGGAGCGGCGAGAGGCGCGCGGCCCCGGCCAGCUCGGUCUCCAGCGUGAGCGUUGGGGCCGUGGCGGAGGACUACGGCGACAAGGACGACGGCCGCUCUCCUCGCUCCCUGCGUGCGGCGCCGCUCACUCCGCUGACCGGCCCUCGGGAGUGCAGGCUUGGAAGAGGGAUGGAGUGAUAGGGAAGAUGUUUGUGGAUCCUUCUGUGGGAUCAGAGGGCACGUCUAUUGUAAUCAGAAAACUGUAAGUGUAACAGUGGAGAUGGAUGAACAGGCUCUCUUAGGGCUAAAUCCAAAUGCUGAUUCAAAUUUUAGACAAAGGGCCCUGGCCUAUUUUGAGCAACUAAAGAUUUCCCCAGAUGCCUGGCAGGUGUGUGCAGAAGCACUAGCUCAGAGGACAUACAGUGAUGAUCACAUAAAAUUUUUCUGCUUUCAAGUAUUAGAACAUCAAGUUAAAUACAAAUAUUCAGAACUAACCACUAUUCAACAACAACUAAUUAGAGAGACACUCAUAUCUUGGCUUCAAGCUCAGAUGCUGAAUCCCCAACCAGAGAAGACCUUUAUACGAAAUAAAGCAGCCCAAGUCUUCGCCUUGCUUUUUGUUACAGAAUAUCUCACUAAAUGGCCCAAGUUUUUUUUUGACAUUCUCUCAGUAGUGGACUUAAAUCCAAGAGGAGUGGAUCUGUACCUUCGAAUCCUUAUGGCUAUUGAUUCAGAGUUGGUGGAUCGUGAUGUGGUUCAUUCAUCAGAGGAGGCUCGUAGGAAUACUCUAAUAAAAGAUACCAUGAGGGAACAGUGCAUUCCAAGUCUGGUGGAAUCAUGGUACCAAAUUUUGCAGAAUUAUCAGUAUACUAAUUCAGAAGUGACAUGUCAGUGCCUUGAAGUAGUUGGGGCUUAUGUCUCUUGGAUAGACUUAUCCCUCAUAGCCAAUGAUAGGUUUAUAAAUAUGCUGCUAGGUCAUAUGUCAAUAGAAGUUCUACGGGAAGAAGCGUGUGACUGUUUAUUUGAAAUUGUAAAUAAAGGAAUGGACCCUGUUGAUAAAAUGAAAUUAGUAGAAUCCUUGUGUCGAGUAUUACAGACUGCUGGGUUUUUCAGCAUUGACCAGGAAGAAGAUGUGGACUUCCUGGCCAGAUUUUCUAAGCUGGUAAAUGGAAUGGGACAGUCAUUGAUAGUUAGCUGGACUAAAUUAAUUAAGAAUGGGGAUAUCAAGAAUGCUCAAGAGGCACUACAAGCUAUUGAAACAAAAGUAGCACUUAUGUUACAGCUACUAAUUCAUGAGGAUGAUGACAUUUCCUCUAACAUUAUUGGGUUUUGUUAUGAUUAUCUUCAUAUUUUGAAACAGCUUACAGUGCUCUCGGAUCAGCAAAAAACUAAUGUAGAGGCAAUCAUGUUAGCCGUUAUGAAAAAAUUGACUUACGAUGAAGAGUAUAACUUUGAAAAUGAGGGUGAAGAUGAAGCCAUGUUUGUAGAAUAUAGAAAACAACUGAAGUUAUUGUUGGACAGACUUGCUCAAGUUUCACCAGAGUUACUGCUGGCUUCUGUUCGCAGAGUUUUUAGUUCUACGCUGCAGAAUUGGCAGACUACACGGUUUAUGGAAGUUGAAGUAGCAAUAAGAUUGCUGUAUAUGUUGGCAGAAGCUCUUCCAGUAUCUCAUGGUGCUCACUUCUCAGGUGAUGUUUCAAAAGCUAGUGCUUUGCAGGAUAUGAUGCGAACUUUGGUGACAUCAGGUGUCAGUUCCUAUCAGCAUACGUCUGUGACAUUGGAGUUCUUUGAAACUGUUGUUAGAUAUGAAAAGUUUUUCACGGUGGAACCUCAGUACAUUCCAUGUGUCCUAAUGGCUUUCUUAGAUCACAGAGGCCUGCGACAUUCUAGUGCUAAAGUACGAAGCAGAACCGCUUACCUGUUUUCUAGAUUUGUCAAGUCUCUUAAUAAACAAAUGAAUCCUUUCAUUGAGGAUAUUUUGAAUAGAAUACAAGAUUUAUUAGCCCUUUCUCCACCUGAGAAUGGGUACCAGUCCUUGUUGAGCAGUGAUGAUCAACUAUUUAUUUAUGAGACAGCUGGAGUGCUGGUUGUUAACAGUGAGUACCCAGCAGAAAGGAAGCAAGCAUUAAUGAGGAAUCUAUUGACUCCACUAAUGGAGAAGUUUAAAAUUCUGUUAGAAAAAUUGAUGCUGGCACAAGAUGAAGAAAGGCAGGCAUCUCUAGCAGACUGUCUCAACCAUGCUGUUGGAUUUGCCAGUCGAACCAGCAAAGCCUUCAGCAACAAGCAGACUGUGAAACAGUGUGGAUGCUCUGAAGUUUACCUGGACUGUUUACAGACAUUCUUGCCAGCCCUCAGCUGCCCCUUACAAAAGGAUAUUCUCAGAAGUGGAGUUCGAACUUUUCUUCAUCGAAUGAUUAUUUGCCUAGAGGAAGAAGUUCUUCCAUUCAUCCCAUCUGCCUCAGAACACAUGCUCAAAGAUUGUGAAGCAAAAGACCUCCAGGAGUUCAUUCCUCUUAUCAACCAGAUUACGGCCAAAUUUAAGAUACAGGUAUCCCCAUUUUUACAACAGAUGUUCAUGCCCCUGCUUCAUGCAAUUUUCAAAGUGCUGCUUCGACCAGCAGAGGAGAAUGACCAGUCAGCUGCACUAGAGAAGCAAAUGUUACGGAGGAGUUACUUUGCCUUCCUGCAAACAGUCACUGGCAGCGGAAUGAGCGAGGUUAUAGCAAAUCAAGGUGCAGAGAAUGUAGAACAAGUUCUGGUUACCAUUAUCCAAGGAGCAGUUGACUAUCCAGAUCCAAUUGCACAGAAAACAUGUUUUAUCAUCCUUUCAAAGCUGGUAGAACUCUGGGGAGGUAAAGAUGGACCAGUGGGAUUUGCUGAUUUUGUUUAUAAGCACAUUGUCCCUGCAUGUUUCCUAGCACCUUUAAAACAAACCUUUGACCUGGCAGAUGCACAAACAGUAUUGGCUCUUUCUGAGUGUGCUGUGACACUGAAAACAAUUCAUCUCAAACGGGGUCCAGAAUGUGUUCAGUAUCUUCAACAAGAAUACCUGCCCUCAUUGCAAGUAGCUCCAGAAAUAAUUCAGGAGUUUUGUCAAGCACUUCAGCAGCCUGAUGCUAAAGUUUUUAAAAAUUAUUUAAAGGUGUUCUUCCAGAGAGCAAAGCCCUAAGGACUGGAUUUCCCCGUGCCUACUUCAUGAUCAGGAAUUCCAGUUAAUUUAUAAAGAAACAAUUUUUGUGUGCCAUUCACACUGGUCUUUUUAACAUUGUUUUGAGCUUAUUUCAGUAUAUGUAUUGAGAGUUUUCUGUAAAAUAGGUGUCGUUUUCCCUAAAUGUUGGUAUGUGACAACAAAAGUUGCUUGCAUGCCUGCUCAUAUAUAAAAAUGCUGUUGAAAUACAGCAUAGUUAUCCUAAUGCUUUUUUUCCUUCAUUUGAAACUUUAACUCAAGUCCUUUAUAAAGACCAUAGCAGUGGAAAAUUGUACUUUUUUUAAUUGUUGAAUAUAAAAUUUGAAAAAUUUUAGUUUUAUGUGUGCAGACACAUAAAGUAUGGGGAAAAUACAACAAUCAGAACUAAUUUUUUGUAGAUAGCCAUUAAUUUCUUUAAACUGUGUCAAUGCCAAUGUGUAUUCCACAAAACAAUGGGUUCAUAAAUUAAUUGAUUUAAAAGUAGGUGCCGGUAUUAUAAAUUUUUUUUAUAAAAAAAUAAAUUUUAAGUAGUGAAA